AAGGAAUUCGUCGAAUCGAAGCAUGUCUUGGAGGAAUGUCGUAUCUCAGACAGAAGCUUCUUGUUGGAAUACUAGUCACUCAGAUAAUACAUCAGAAACACAUACAGAACAAGUAAUCACCCCAUUCCUUUCAAAACUCUAUGAUUUACUAGCUGAAAGUUCCAACAGUUCUUUUGUUCACUGGAUACACUCUGGUGAUUGUUUUGAAGUGUUUAGACCUACGGAGUUUGCUCAUCAAGUACUUCCCAACUAUUACAAACACAACAACUUUUCUUCUUUUAUCAGACAAUUAAACCAAUAUGGUUUUCGAAAGAUUGACAAGGAGAGGUGGCUAUUUCAACAUCCUUGUUUCAAGAGAGGGAGGAAGGAUCUUUUGAGUCGCAUUGGUAGAAGAAAAAGUAAUCAGAAGCAAAAGUUAGCAAACAACAUGAUAGAGAGAACAACAAUGUCAGGGAGUGAAGAGGAUAUCAAGAGUGGAACAACAACAGAUAUUUUGGGUGACUAUAGUGAAAGUCCAACGCAGUGGAAGAGUUCAGCAAAACAUAUAGACAGCCCUGUUACAAAGAGUGGCAAGGACCGAUGGGAGUGGCUAUGCAGGGAGUUGGUUUCUUCCAAAGAAAGACAAAGGAGGUUAUCGUAUAUUAUACAAUUGGAUGAGCAGAAGGUCGAGUCUUUGGAAAGGCAACUUUGGUGGAUGAAAAAGUGUAUGUCUGACUAUGUAGAGCAGUAUUCUCAUUCCCAUUCAAACUUGGACACAAACAACACCACAUCACUCAACAAGGAGACUGGUAGGCUAUCUUGUCAAGGAAAAGCUUAUUUACUCCAUCAAGGAUUGUCUACAAAGGAUACCCAUAUGGAUGAAACUUAUUUACCUGCUUUGGGUGAGUUAUGGGAUAAGGAGUUUGAUAUAUUACCAAAGAAAAAUGUUUUGCAGAUGGAUGACGACAUUUUUCAAUCGGAUGUUUGUUGUUGUAUGGAACGAGAGAAGGAGGGUUAUGAAAUAUCUUCGUUAAAGAAGGUUCAUCCAAUAUCAGUACCUUGUCAAAGGCAUAAUACUAUGGAAGAUGUAGAGUUGGAAUCUUUGUCUGAACAAAGUACACAAUAUACGGCAUGUUUUAGGAAGUGGCAAUUGGAUAAUGGUGGACAUGUAGAUAUGAGCAGUUUAUCUGGGAGUAUUGGCAACUCGGAAUGUUCCUCUUAGUUAUGGCGUACAGAGAAAGAGAGAGAAAGAAACAACAUUUGUUGUAUAGUUUGAUUGUAUAAAUUUGCGCAUUCGUGUCCAUUUGAAUUUCAUUCCUUUCAUGAGAGAAAUGAAACGACAACCGUUACAAGAUAAGACACAACUUGUAAACACUCCUUCUUCUAAAACUAUAGUUGAAAAGAGCCCUUUAGGCAACAAGCAAGUCUCUUCUACUGAGAAUGUUCUUGAAGUAGAUGAAACAACGAAAGCACCUGGAGUAUAUUCGGCCUUACCUUGGAUAUCCUUUUUCAAAAGAAUAUUAAGACAAGAGGAAAGUUUCAAUCAACAGUCACCUGUUGUCAAUAGGACAGAGAAAAGAUUAUUGGACCCACGUUCGCCAAGCGUUGAUAGGACUCCUUUGAAUGAAUAUUUGAAAAAAUACAAACGAUGACUUUAUAUUUGUAUGUGUGUGUUUGUGUGAAUAAGAAAUAUGCUGUGAUUGGAUAAAAUAGAAAUAAGAAUA